AAGAAAGUGACAGAUGUCUAUGCAAAAUUUAGUCGUUUAUGAAAUUAUAUAUAAUUUAAAAAGUUAAUAAAACCAUUCCGUUUUGCUCAACAUAUAUUCAGGGUAAUAUAGGCCAAUUCGAUUUUCUAAAGAUUAUUUUCCAAGGUUUUUAGACACUUUUGAAAGAUGGGGGAUUCAGAGCCAGACACAAAACUGUGUAAUAACUGCAAGAAGCAGAUCUCGGCCAAUAAUUUUGUAAUGCACGAGAUGCAUUGUAAACGCCACAUUUCAUUGUGCGAGCAAUGUAAUGAACCUAUUCCAAAAAAUGAAAUGGAAGUACAUUAUGAAGAAAAUCAUGCCAAGAUCAAAUGUCCUAAAUGUGAAACAGAAGUUGAGAAAAUGCAUUUAGAGGAACACGAGGAAAAUUCCUGCUCAAAGAAACCUAUGCACUGUGUGUAUUGUGAACUGGAAUUUCCAAAAGAUAAAUUAGACUCACAUUUGGAUUAUUGCGGGAGUCGUACUGAGCCGUGCCCUAAAUGUGGCCAAUUUAUUAUGCUGAAAGAACAGACUAAACAUGAUGACAGUAACUGUGCUUAUCCUGAAGUAAAACCUAAAAAUAAUAAUGUGGCUGACGGGCACAGAAGGCCUGAUGAUUUCUUAGAUGAUAUAUUUAGAAGUAGGGGAGUUAACUCCGGAGGUAGAAGCAUGGGAGUUAACUCUGGAGGGCAUGAUUUUGGCGGAUUUGUAGAUAAUUCAUUUGGUGCUGACUAUAUAGGUUCUAGGAGGCAGGCCAAUGUUCGCCAUACUUCAAAGGUUAACAAUAAAAAACCAGCAGUUGAUAAACAAUUAGGUUCUGCAGACAGAGAGUCCGAGUAUGAUAGGUUACUGGCUAUGCACCUGGCAAAGGAUCUUCAUCAAGACAAUAGCAUGGAGGAGAUGGUUAGAGAAUUUAACAAACCACAAUCCCCUACCGUCCCUAGCUCACAGGUCAAAUAUGGACGGAACUCUCUGUCAGAAGAUCUGGUGAUGAUACCGUGUGAGUUUUGUGGUGAACCAUUUGAUGCAGAUGACCUCGUUCAACAUCAGAGCGGCUGUUCGUUGGAGCGUAUAAGUGCCAUGUUACCACAGAUGACAACAGCCAACAAUGUUAGAGACGUGCCCAACAGUCAGACAAACACCGUACAACCUCCCAGUAUCAUCAACAACCUACAGGCUUAUGGUGCUGACGAAUGGCUGGACGAUACUGCUGAAACAGGGUAUGAUAUCCCACCUGAACAAGGCUUUGAUAUACCGCCUGAACGAGGCUUUAAUAUGCCAGCUGGAACAGGCUUUAAUAUGCCAGCUGGAACAGGUUUUGAUAUGCCAGCUGGAACAGGUUUUGAUGUACUAGCUGGAGGUGCGGGAGACGACCAGUUUCUGCCUUGUGAAUUCUGCAAUGAGCUUUUCCCAUUAGACAAUCUUAUACAGCAUCAGGCCAUGUGUGACAGAAUGACAAUGACUCCCUUGCCACAGACUCCGCCACAUGAACAACGUCCAAAACCUAAAAAGAAAAAUUCUCAAUCAAGUGCUCAAAGAUUAGCUGCGGACUUUCCUAACCUGAAUUCCAAACGUCAUCAGCCUCCUCCUUCCCUCUUUAGUUCACAAGUCGAUAGUGACGAAGAGGCGCCAAACGGGGCUGCUCAUAGGGUGCAUAAACCGAAACCGUCAUCUGUAAACGGUACUUAUAAAUCUAAUAUCACUUCUCCUGCCAGGGAAACAAGAUCAACGUUAAAGAAAUAUGGGGUAGAAACUCCGGACAGGGGAGAUUACUACACUGGUAGAAGUUCUUUUUCCCGACAGAGUAGCGAGUCAGGGACAGAUUCCUGGCUUGAACCGAGUCAGCCUCGCGUCCAGAGGAAAUAUGCAACUGGAAAUACCAGGACAAGGAGUACGUUGGAUAAUCUCUUAAAUGAUAAUACGGAAUCAUCAUCACAUGACCUUUUAGGUCAUAUAGGUGGCGCUCCGGCUAGGAGAAAAGAGGCGAGGCCUAUUCCCAGACAGAAACCAACAGUGACACCAGGAAACACUAGAAGUACAGCAAAGGUGAGGAGUAACACAACAGCGAAAGAUGUACAAAAAGAAUUGUCAAGAUUCACUGCCAGUAAUGCUUCCAGUGGUGCUGCUCAAAAUAGGUCUAGCAAGCCUAAUAUUGAGGUACGUGUCCGUCCGAACGAAGCUGAUGAAUUAUCUGACCUAGUUACCGGAUCGAGGCAACGUACUCGUGCCAACAACGUUUUCGGCGCACAAACCAAUAAGACUUCAACAAAACGGAGAACAGACAAUAGAUAAUGAAACCACAACAUUCCAUAAGAAUAAACACCUGUGAUAAUUGCCAUUUAGUGUCCCGAUACCUUUUUUAAGUGUGAUAAUACUUCACUUUAAGUGUCUUAAAUCAAUAUGUAUACAUGUAUAAACUAUAUUAAUUUUUUGCAAGGCAACAGAGUACAGUAUUUUUUACUCCUGGUAUAUGUAUAAGAAACAAUAAAGUGAUUGAUAUAUAUAUUAAGAAUAACAAGGUCUAUGCAAGUCUAGGGUAGAAUAAUUUAAAGGUUUAGACUCCAUAAAUUAUGUGAUAACUAGUAAUAAAGGCAUGGUAUUAAAACAGUGUACAUGAUUUACUGUGUUUAUCUGUUGUACAAAUUUUGUUUCGUAUCAUAAGAUUUUUGUAAAAAAAAUGCUUUCUUUAUAUUAAAGUUUGCCAAGAGUUCACCAGAGGAAAUGAUAACGUUUUGCCCCAUAUUGAUUCUCUUACAUUAGGGGUGAUUUGCCCUAGGAUAUUGUCAACUUGUCACUCUUUGAAAUAAUCUAAUCUUGUUUUAAAUCAUUUAACAAUAAUAAAUGCUUACAUUUAAUGUAUGUUUUGGUGUUAUUUUAUUUUUGAAAAAAAAAACUUUAAUAUACGGGGCAAAUUCUCAUUAAAGUGGGGUAAAUCUAUAUAGAGGGAAUUGUCAGUGUGAGAGAUUGUUACAUAAUCUGCCAGUUGCAUUCAUUAGAGUUAAGAUUUAUUUUACAUUGUAUAUUUUGUCUACUGUGCGCCAUUCCUUAAGUGUCAGAAAAAUGCAUUUUACAAUGUCAAGAAUGUAUGCCAUAUUUUAUAUUGUUGUGAAAAAAAAAUAUCCUAAGUAAUUAACUAGAUAAAUGUUAUGUAUUUUUAAAUUUUCAUUUCCACACUAUUUUAUGUUAAAUUUUAAUCACUAUUCAUCCCACAUUCAUUUGACCUUGAACCUGCUUGAAAGUGAUCAGCUUUUGCCACAAGGAUAAAACUAGGCCAGCACAUUAAACUGUUGUUAAGCUGAAUAUAUAUGCGUCAUGUGUCACGAUAAAACCAACAUUAUGGGUUUGCGACCAGCAUGGAUCCAGACCAGCCUGCUCAUCCGCUCAGUCUGAUCAGGAUCCAUGCAGUUCGCUUACAACUCUAUAACAAGGAGGGAAACUGAUAGCGAGCAGCAUGAAUCCUGAUCAGACUGCGCGGACGCGCAGACUGGUCUGGAUACAUGCUGGUCGCAAACCCAUUAUGUUGGUUUUGUCAUGGCGCUGCUCAUAAGUGUUUUGAUAUUGGAAUCCUUUGUGCUUUGAAUACAUUGUUUCUAAUUCAAAAUUUGGUAACUCCAUUGCACAAAUUUUAUCAGGUUAAAGUAUACAAAUACAUUUAUCAAGUCAUCAACUUCAACAAGUAUUUUUAUUAUUUUGUCAACAAUUCUAAUAAACUGCUGAAUUAAAAAAAAUCAAUGAAAUUUCAAUCAAGUAUGCUAUUUUCAUGUUGCACAGAGUCAUACAGUUCUUAAAGGGACAUGAUGAGGUUUUUUGACAAGAAAAGACUGAUAAGAUUUUUGCAUUACUGUAUGUAGGUCAGGACCAAUAAUUUGUGUGUGCAAAAUUUCAGAUCAUUUACUCACUCUGAUUCCCAGGGAUAACCAAUUUUAUUGCGCAAAUUGACCCCAAAAUUUAAUGCUUUUUACUCAAUUUGGCAAAAAAAGCAUAAAAAUCAAUUUAGUUCUGAGAAUAUUUACAUCAUCUAUUGCAUAGUUUUCCAUUUAAAGUGCAUCAGUUGAUUUAUUAAAGAAUUUCAAAUUUUAUGAUUUUAGGCUAUUAGACCUCAGUGGAGUUCCUUUAAGUAUAAUACCAAAAUGUUACUAAAAAUAGUACUUGGUAUCUUAAUCUGAGACUUGUACACUGGUACAUUUGGCACGGCCAGCAUUUCAUGAGAUGCUGGUGUAGCCAUUUUGUCUGGACGUAGCCAAAAGCAAAAAUCAGAUCAAGGAAGUUUUUCAACAUGGUCGUUCACUUCAGCAUGAAAGACCCCUCUUACAAUUUUCUUUUAAUUGAAUCCUUCGUUAUACUGCAAACACUUUUUUGUUUGCAUUAUCCUAAAUUACAAAGCACAAAGUAGCCGAAGUCAGUCAUCUUGUUUCAGCGCAUAAAAAGACUAGAUCAUCUAUUUUCCAUCUAAACUUCUAUGUAGCACAUUAACUGUAGCAUCUUUACAUUUAUGUUAUUUGUUAGUGAAUACUUUGUUUAAGUUUUGUUUACAUUCCCUUGUUUUGAGUUAUUGCAUUUUAAGUACCAUUAAUUUCUGUUAAGAAUAGUAAGUUAAAAAUGAAAACUGUUAUAUGUGAUUCAAAACCUGAACAUCAAGGUUUAUUAUUGUCAUUGUUUAUUAUUUUGACUAGUUUUGUGUUAAGAGAAUUUCAACAGUUUGGUGUUAAAGGGGUGUAACUUCUUUAUGUAAUUUGAGUUACAACCCUUUUGCACCAAGCCCUCAAUUUUCAUGAUAACUUGAUAAGCUUUUGUAUGUGUCAUAAAUGUUAAGGGUUCAAUGUCUUGGGUUUAGGUGUUUGAUUUUCUUAUGCAAUCAUACUGAUACUGUUAAAAUGGAGUGUAGUGUCUGUAUAAGAUGUUUUUAAAUUAACUAUGUUUAUAUAUGUGUUUUUAGAUGCUAGGACUGUGAUUUUAUUCUAAAUGAAGACAUUUUUUAAAGCAAUACACCACCACUCUUUAUUUCAAUAUUCGUGCAUUUUUUUAAAGAAACAAACUCUUUAUAACUGAUACAUGAACUUGUUGUAUUCUGGAAACGUUGAUAAUUAGUGUCAAUAGAUAAGACACCUUUGAUUAAAAAGAGUAGAAUGAUAUAAAUUGUAUAUUAAAAUGGUCGUAAAAAUUGGUUACGUCACAUCAGGAGACUUACACUAAAACAAUGAUCUGAGCAUCGCAUAUCCAGAUAGUGAAGUUGGCUCCAAAUGAUAUACCUAGUAAAUACCUUGUUAUUAAUUUGGCUAUUUGUGGCCAAAUGGUUAUGGUUCAUGACUUUCAUUUAUGUACUUGCAUCUUGUUGUUGAUUCGAAUCACUCUACGAACUUUUGAGUUUUUUUCGUCCUCAUGCGGAAACUAAUCAGCUAGCUUAUUUAGAGUGUUAGUAGUUGUACUUGUGUGUCUGUUCAUGCUAAACCUUUACCAUGCUGCUAUUGACUGGAUCAACCAGUGUGAACAGUGCAGACCAAAAUCAACUGGUACAUCCAUGCCAUUUGAUCAUGGUCUGCACUGUCCACAAUUCAGCCAGUAGUUACCUGAAAAUCAUGUACA